AUGAAGUUCGCAACCACCCUUUUCUUUGGCCUUGUCGCCUCUGCCUCUGCCGCCCUUGGCCCAGCCCAAAAGCGUCUGUUGAAGAAGGCUCGUAAGCUCGAAGAUAACAACCAGAACCAAGAAGAGGAUGAGUUUGCCUUUUUGAUGAACUACAACCUCAAGAUGAUCCAGUGUAAGGCCGAGGAAGCCAUCCGCAACCCCGAGGACGGAGAGUACGAGUACGGAGCUGCCAUCUUCCGUCUGUGUCCCGAGGGAUGUGAUGAUGACCUCACCUACGGCUGCAAGAGCGGCCAUGGUGAUUAUGUCGUGGGUCUUCAGACGUUUGUCCAAGCCUACUUUGAGGACCAACGGGACAAUAUGUACUAUGAUGACAACUUCAAGGUCGAUGAGUAUGCCGAGUGCCGUGAAUACGAACAGGAGAAUGACGAUGGUGGCAACAACAACAACGCCGCAUACUUUAUUGGACCUGCCUGUACCGAGGAUGGAUCCGAUGUCAAGCUGGAGAUCUUUUACGACGAGGCUUGCUCUCAAGUGCCAGAAGAUGUCACCUUUGAAGAUAUCUCCAACGGAUGGUCUCUUCCCUACGGUGAGGGCGGACUUGUCUCCAACAAGUGCCAACCUUGCUCCGAGUACAAUGGUGACGAUGGCGCUUACGAACUCAAGGAGAUGUGCCAGGAAUUGUACGAGAAUGCCGGAAAGUGCGAGACCGAAAUGGAAUCCUUCCACUACUACGGAAAGCAGGAAGGAAGCUGUGAAUACAUUGCAUCUCUCAUGCCUGCCAGCAAGAGUGGAGGCGGUGCCAAGGCCUUUGGAUGGGUUGUCUUUAUCCUGGUUGUCGUCGGUGCAUUUAGUGCAUACGCCAUGUGGUGGAAGAAGAAGAAGUCCGGACAGGCUUCUGACGGCCUCAUGGCAUAA